ACUUUGAACUCAGAAACAGCCCGGAAGUAGCGUCACGUCGCAGCUGCACUCUGAAGGAUAAACAACAAUAAAGCAGAAACUGGGAUUCAACGGUCAGUUUCAAAAUGGACACGAAAGACGAGGCUGUGGAGAUGAAACGGAGCAGCUCCGAGCAGAGGAAGCUGCGCUCGCGGGACGCGGCCCGGUGCCGGCGCGGGCAGGAGACGGAGGUGUUCUACGAGCUGGCGCGCACCCUGCCGCUCCCGCGCAGAGUCUCCACCCACCUGGACAAAGCCGCCAUCAUGAGAGUCGCCCUCAGCUUCCUGCGCAUGCGGCGCCUCCUGCGACCCGGUGAGGAGCACAAAGAGGAGGCCGACGUCCAGGAGGAGGAGGAGGAGGAGGAGGAGGAGGAUCCAAUGGACUGCUUCUACCCCCAGGCUCUUGCUGGCUUCAUCGUGGUGCUGUCAGAGGAGGGAGACGUGAUCUACCUGAAUGACAGCGUCAGCAAACACAUCGGCAUCACUCAGCUGGAGCUGCUGGGUCAGAGCAUCUAUGACUUCGUUCAUCCCUGCGACCAGGAGGAGCUCCGGGACCUGCUGGCUCCACGUCCAGGCCUCACUAAGAAGUCGCCGCUGCAGAGCGAGAGGAACUUCUUCCUGCGUGUGAAGAGCACGCUGACCAGCAGGGGGCGCACCGUCAACCUCAAGUCUGCCACAUGGAAGGUUCUCCACUGCACUGGACACAUGCGUCCGUUCGGGGACGGCUCCACGUCGCCCCCUGCAGCCAGAGUGAUGACGCUGCUGUGUGAGCCGGUCCCUCACCCGUCCAGCGUGGAGUUCCCUCUGGACUCGUGCACCUUCCUGACGCGCCACAGCAUGGACCUGCGCUUCACGCACUGCGAGGGCAGGGUGACGGAGCUGGUGGGGUACAGUCCUGACGAUCUGAUUGGCCGCUCAGCGUACGAGUUGUAUCACGCACUCGACUCCGACCACAUGAAGAAAAGCCUGCACACGCUCCUGUCCAAAGGUCAGGUGAGCACCAGCCUGUUCCGCUUCCUGGCGAACGGCGGCGGCUUCGUGUGGGCGCAGACUCAGGCCACCGUCCUCUACGGCAGCAAGACGUCGCAGCCUGAGGCCGUGGUGUGUCUCAACUUCAUCCUCAGUGCGGUGCAGCAGCCGGGCGUGGUCCUCUCCGUGGAGCAGACGCGCUGCCGCCCUCAGCUGAAGGCGGAGCCUCCGUCACCAGCAGCUCCAGAGGGCGCGUGUGACCCUGAACGCCUCACUGCACCCGCUCAGACCGAGGACGCAGCUCCGCGUCCCAGCAGCGCUGCAGACGUGUUCCUGAAGCUGAAGGAGAAUCCAGAGGAUCUGGUGCUGGUGGCUCCGGAGGCCGGAGACGCCACGGAACCGCUGACGGGUUUUGUUGAGCUGUCCUUUGCCAGUCCUCCCAGUCCAAACACGGUGCCGGACCACCCACAGGACCUGUGCACCCCUGAGCUGCUUCAGCUCCUCACUCCCAUCUUCGACCCGGUUCUGCCGCCGUCACCGGCUUCCUCUCCGGUACCAGUUCUGAGCCCCUGCAGAGAGGAGGAGGAGGAGGAGGAGGAGAUGGACACCAGCCAAGUGGAGAAGUUCUUUGCAGUUUGGCCAGAAGGUGGUGAACAGAGAGGCCCAACGCUGGACAUGGAUGCGAUGGAUCUGGACAUGUUGGCUCCCUACAUCUCCAUGGACGACGACUUCCAGCUCACCGUCCUCACUUCGCUGCCGGAGGACGACGCACGCGCGCCGUCCUCGCUGGAGACGUCCGCUACGAAAGCUGCGGCGCCGGGAAACAGGAAACGGACCCACAACCCCGAUGAUGAGACGCAGCCGACGGUUCAGGACAAGAGGCAGAAGCAGGAUCGUUCCACAGUAGAAGAGGAACUUCUGCUGAGCCACGGGCUGCUGGACUGUUUGGAGGAAACUGACCAGUCUGAUCUGAUCCUGGACCUGGACCCGGGCCCAGGCCGACGAAGUCAGCUGCUGACGGACAGAGACCCGGUGUUAGGAGGCAUCCAGGGUCUGUGUGACACUGCAGCUCUGAUGAGGGGCGUGUUCCUGCCUCGACCCCCUGAGCUGUCGCCACUGCUGUUGUCCAUGACUUGAUGCAGCUCCAGUCAAGCGAGAUUUGGCUCGACUUCGACACAUGAAGCGAGAAAGUGGUCACAGCAUCUGUCUGCAAACACAAACACGCACACACACACACACACACACACACACGAAGACCCGCCUCCAUGCUGUAAGGUCUUCUGAACCAGGACCGUCACCUAUGUUUUAUUUCAUGGACAUCACUGUGAACCCUGAGCCGAUGAUCAGGACAAAGUCGCUUCCAACCUCUCGAUGCUCGUUCGUCCGUUCUUCCAAAUGAACGCUAUCGCAGAAGAUAAAUCCUUGCGGUGGAUCUGUUGUGGAGACAGCAGGUGGUGCUAAUUUUAAAUCCUACGUGGGUUAAAGGGGGAAAAACCUGGAAGCAUUUUUCUGUGCAGCUAAGUUGAAUUCAUUGCUUUUCAGUUUAUUCCCGGUUCAUUCGUGCGUGAACAACGUGCUCUGGUCACAAACUGCAUCCAACCAGCGGCUCAGUGGCAGCGUUCAUCCAGUGGCAGAUUCUUACCUCUUUUUUUACAUUUAUGCUAAGACUUUUAUAAUGAAUGCAAUUACUACAAACUUCUUGAGUCCAGAAUGGUCUGUGAAUUCCUCAUGCCGUUUGUUUUACUCUACCUGAAUGCCAGACGGGUGGGGUUUACUAACACUCCGAUGUGAAUGCGUAAUAAAACUAUUGAUGUAGCAUUUCAGACACUUUGACUGAAUGUUUCCCUCCAGUUGUGGCAUCAGGGACGAUUAAGACGAACGCUGCAGGUUUGAAGCAGCUCUAUCUGUCUGUUUUUAAUGACUUUACUGUAUAACUUGAUUUUAAUUGAUCUGACUGUAGUUCUAUGAUGAAACACUAGUAAUGUUUGGGUUUGCUGGUUUAGUUACUUCAGCUCAAACUGUCCUGAGUUCAGAACUGUUAUGUGGGUUUGUGCCUUUGGUCGUCCUCCGUUUGAACCCGUUACCUACUAACAUGUUCUGAACCAAACGUCCCUGCUCAUUUACAGUAAGUGUCAUGUAUUUCCUUUUCUCUUCUCUGUAUUAAGCUGAAUAAAGCUGUUGACGCAGA